GAGGAGCCCAGCAGGCAAAGGGCUCUCUGACAGGGAAACAGGAGAUGGAAGAUAAAGAGAGUAUGGAGCAGGGCCUGGAGCUGUGAAGAGCGAGGGGGAACCUUACCAGCUGGUCAAGGAGGGCUGCAGGAGGUGCCAGUCCCCGAGACACUGAAACAUCAUUGGCUCGGGCAUCUUCAUCUCCCCCAAAGGGGUCCUAGAGCACUCUGGCUCUGUGGGUCUGGCCCUCUUCGUCUGGGUCCUGGGUGGAGGCAUCACUGCCCUGGGCUCACUCUGCUAUGCAGAGCUGGGAGUGGCCAUCCCCAAGUCUGGCGGGGACUACGCCUAUGUCACUGAGAUCUUUGGGGGCCUGGCUGGCUUCCUGCUGCUCUGGAGCGCUGUGCUCAUCAUGUACCCCACGAGCCUGGCUGUCAUCUCCAUGACCUUCUCCAACUACGUGCUGCAGCCGGUGUUCCCCAACUGCAUCCCUCCGGCCGCCGCCUCCCGCGCACUCUCCAUGGCUUGCCUGAUGCUCCUGACAUGGGUGAACAGCUUGAGUGUGCGCUGGGCCACGCGCAUCCAGGACGUGUUCACCGGCGGGAAGCUGCUGGCCCUCUCACUCAUCAUUGGCGUGGGCUUUGUCCAGAUCUUCCAAGGACACUUCGAGGAGCUGAGGCCCAGCAACGCCUUUGACUUCUGGAUGACGCCAUCCGUGGGCCACCUGGCCCUGGCCUUCCUCCAGGGCUCCUUCGCCUUCAGCGGCUGGAACUUCCUCAACUACGUCACAGAGGAGCUGGUGGACCCUCGAAAGAACCUACCUCGUGCCAUCUUCAUCUCCAUCCCCCUGGUGACCUUCGUGUACACCUUCACCAAUGUUGCCUACUUCACUGCCAUGUCCCCCCAGGAGCUGCUGGCCUCCAAUGCCGUGGCCGUGACCUUCGGGGAGAAGCUGCUGGGCUACUUUUCUUGGGUCAUGCCCGUCUCCGUGGCACUUUCCACUUUUGGAGGGAUCAAUGGCUACCUGUUCACCUCCUCCAGACUGUGCUUCUCUGGAGCCCGAGAGGGGCACCUGCCCAGCCUGCUAGCCAUGAUCCACGUCAGACGCUGCACCCCUAUUCCCGCGCUCCUCGUCUGUUGCGGGGCCACGGCAGUCAUCAUGCUCGUGGGAGACACGUACACGCUCAUCAACUACGUGUCCUUCAUCAACUACCUCUGCUAUGGUGUCACCAUCCUGGGCCUGCUCGUGCUGCGCUGGAGGCGGCCGGCGCUCCACAGGCCCAUCAAGGUGAACCUCCUCAUCCCCGUGGCAUACUUGGUCUUCUGGGCAUUCCUGCUCGUCUUCAGCUUCAUCUCGGAGCCCAUGGUGUGUGGGGUAGGCGUUAUCAUCAUCCUCACGGGGGUGCCCGUCUUCUUCCUGGGAGCAUUCUGGAGAAGCAAACCAAAGUGUGUGCACAGACUCACAGGGAUCCCCAGAGGAGGAGGAAAAUGGCCCUUGCCAGCCCUCCCCACUGCCUGCCACGGACAAGCCCUUGAAGACACAAUGAGACAUUUGUGGAGCCUGAAGCAGCUGUUUCUGUUUACAUGUUGUUUAUUGAGGAGGUGUUUUUGCAAAAAAAAAAAAAAAAAAAAAAAAAUUUUUUUCCUGGGGAAAAAUAAAAAGAGCUCUGACUCUUAGAAGGGCUUGGUAAGGAAGCCCUGAAGAUGUGGACUGGGUCCCCUGUCAGCAC